GCGCUGCCCGCGGCCAGCUUCCCCGGGCCCACCGUCAGCCCGUGCGGACCCGGCUCGGCGCCGCUGACCUGGGCGCUGGACCGCUGUCUGCGGGGGGGCCGGCCUAUGCCUCGUGGGAGGGUCAGCGGCACCGCGGUCUCUACCCAGCGGAUGCCAGAAGCAUCCCUGCCGGCGCUGACCGCCAAGGACCCCCGGGGCAGAAACCCGCUUCUAGAAGCACAGCGUUGGGAGUGAGUGACGGGGUCAAGCGCCCGCGGCCCGCGCCCCGUCCAGCCUGCUCCCGGCGCCCCCUGCCCCGCCAGCGGCCUGAGGGCGGCAGGCUGUCCCUGUGUCUGCCGCCGCAGGCGGGACGCGCUGAGGGCCUCUGUGAGUCUGGAGCGAGUGACGAGCUGAGUUUGUUCCUAAAUCAGGCCGUCCCGUGCCGCGUGCUGCCCUCACCGAGGCCUCGCUCGCCCGAAGGUGAGUCAGAGCUGGCCCGGACCGCGGGGAUCCGGGCUGCGUGUCAGAGGGAGCCCCGGAGGGCCGGGCGGGGCGGCGGGCGCCCGGGCACCGCUGAGACGCUGAGACGCCCGCGGCUCGCCUUCCGGCUGCAGAGGCGGCGGCCAAGCGCUUGUCCGGACGACCCUGGGCAGCGGUGGUGGGCGGGCGCCGCUUGGCCAUUCAGUGCGUUUUUAUUGAGCAUCUACUAUGCCAGCCACCGUUCUAAGAGCCGCAGUACAGUCAGGGCCAGUCCUUACUCUCCUGGAAUUCGAUAUGGAGGGACAGCGGUGAAGGCGACUGAAAAGGACACAGCCCUGACGGAGGAGGCGCCCAGGGGAGAGAGACCGCCCAAAACCAGCUCCUGCGGGCAGCCAAGGAGGGUCGUGUCAGGAAGCGACGCGCGUGCGCCUGCGGCAAUGAAACAGAGCGACAGGAGAAGGGGCCCGAGGAGGGCAGCCUUCUCGCGAGUCCAUUUGCGUGAGGAGGAGCCGCCAGCCCUGGGGACACGACCGGAAGGGGGUUCCCGGCGGAGAGCAGCGACUGCUGAGGCCCCGCGGCAGGCAGAGGCCGCCCGACAGAGGCGGGGUCCGAGGCCGGCGCAUCAGUAUCACACGGUGCUCCAUGUUGUCUUCAGGAGCAACGUGCAGAGCGGAAGGGGCUGCAGGGAGGCAGGCGGCCCUGGUCACAGAGGUUCUGGGGCCUUGGGGGGAGUUUGA